AUGUCUUCUGGAGACCUGCGAUGUUUGCAAGAGAAACCGUGCAAUAAAGUUGUAGAGAAGACUGUAGAAAAAGCUACUGCUGAUUUCCUGUUUAAGUUCUUGGUCAUAGGAAAUGCUGGGACUGGCAAAUCCUGUUUACUACACCAAUUUAUUGAAAAGAAAUUCAAAGAUGACUCAAAUCAUACUAUAGGAGUGGAAUUUGGUUCAAAGAUCAUAAAUGUUGGUGGUAAAUAUGUAAAAUUGCAGAUAUGGGAUACAGCAGGACAAGAGAGAUUCAGGUCUGUAACAAGGAGUUACUAUAGAGGAGCUGCAGGUGCUUUGCUUGUCUAUGACAUAACCAGCCGAGAAACCUACAACGCGCUUACUAAUUGGUUGACGGACGCAAGAAUGUUAGCAAGUCAAAAUAUUGUGAUAAUACUGUGUGGAAACAAAAAGGAUCUUGAUGCAGAUCGUGAAGUUACUUUUUUAGAAGCAUCCCGGUUUGCACAAGAAAAUGAGCUGAUGUUCUUGGAAACAAGCGCACUAACAGGGGAAAACGUUGAAGAGGCCUUUGUACAGUGUGCAAGAAAAAUACUCAAUAAAAUUGAAUCAGGAGAAUUGGAUCCAGAAAGAAUGGGCUCAGGUAUUCAGUAUGGAGAUGCUGCCUUGAGACAGCUGAGAUCACCACGUAGAGCACAAGCACAAAGUGCUCAGGAAUGUGGGUGUUAAAGAAGCAGAACACAAAUUCCCAAAUACUCACUUUAGAUACAGAAGCUGUCCUUGCAAGUGGUGUUUGAAGAAACAGACAAAGCUUGAAGGCUAUGCAGUUUUUAAAAACAUCUUUCCACUAUCUACAGAGCAGACCACUGCUGUCAGAAAGGUGUACCAUGUAGUGCGGGGCAGGAAUCUUCACAACACAAAAGUCUGCAAAGAGAACUCGAUAAUUCGGUGGACAAUGUUAAGAUUGUAAACAUUGUAAACUGUAUGUAAACAUUUUCCAUUACCUAUUUUUGUUCUUUCACCUCUAGUUUAAAGCAUUGCUAUAUACUGUAAAUAAUGUAACAGUAAAUUUACAAAGCAUGGUAUACUUAUGUAUGCUGAUAGAAUGUUGCACUACAAGCAGUUUAAUAUUUUAUUUUUUUAUCAUAUAAACAAAUUUAACUGAGGUAGGCUUUGUCAUCUUUGUUUGUUGCA